CACAUCGCUCCUCGCGCUAGCCGCCGCGCCUCCCCGCUCUGCCGCACCACGCGUCCGCUGGGCGCGUCGCGCGGGCCGCGGGCCAGGCCCGCGAGCCUGCUGCUGCUGGCCGCGUGGCUGGCGGCCGCCGUCGCCGACCUGGCCUGUCCGCAGGAGCCACCGGCGGCGCAGGUCGCGUGCGCCUCCUGCCGCUCGUACGAGAACGCGCGCGAACACAGCCUGCGAGUGAUCCGCGAGAGCUUGCUGGCGAAGCUCGGGUUCACGCAGGCGCCGAACACGACGGGCCGGCAGCUGCCGCCGGUGCCAGCCGACCUCAUGGAGCGCUACGAGCGCCGCCCGCCGCCGCCCGGCGUGCAGGCCGACGCGCCCUCCAACUCCCGCACGCUGGUCACUCACGUCGAGCAGGACGACUUCCUCGCCCGCACCGAGAACGUCCUUAUCUUUGCGCGGGUAGGGAAAACUUCGCUCACGUAUCUAAUUGCGCACAAUAAACCGUUAUUGUCUCCGGGAUGGACAGUGGGGUGCUCUGUAGAAGUCAAAUUGCACAAGUACAAGGAAGGCACGCAAGCUCAAAACACUUUCUUUGUGGAGCUUUGGGAUGUUGGCGGUUCAAAUGGACAUAGAAAUACAAGAAACGUUUUUUAUCAACCAACACAUGGAAUUAUUUUAGUACAUGACUUAACUAACAGAAAGAGUCAAAUAAACUUGCAAAAAUGGCUUUCUGAGAUCUUAAAUCAAGACAACCCCACUCUUCAGCAUGUUGAUGUUGAUCCAGAACAGUUUUUAGGAUCAACUCAAAUUCCUAUUCUGGUGAUUGGAACCAAGUUCGAUUUAGCUGAGGAGAAACAGAGAAAGAACCAGUACAGGAGGCUGGCUAGCAGCAUUGCAGAGCAGUGUGGAGCAGAUGAAAUAUUUGUCAAUUGUCACCAAGCACGAUCUCUCGCUCCAGGGACGAGUAAUUCUGUUAAAUUGACUCGAUUCUUUGAUAAGGUGAUAGAACGACGUUACUACUCUCGGAUCAGUCCGUUCACGGACAAACGACGUAAUAUACCUCCGUACAUCAUGGCAUCGUCGACGCCUCUCUCCGGAAACAAGCCUCCGCAAUAUAUGAGCCCAAGGUUCUACCAUAUGGAUUGAGUUUCCGUAAACUGUACAAGUUGUUGCAUCAUUCCAUGUAAGUAUGAAAAUAAAUUAUUUUUCGACGUA